UUCCAGCACUGUGUCGUUGGCGUCAGAGUGGCUUCUCUUGCAAAGUAAUUUUUUCACGUUUUAGUUGAAUUCCAGCAGAAAAACUAAAAUCAAUUCAACAUGUCGAUGUUUUGGGGAUUGGUAAUGAAGCCUAACCGCAAGUACACCCAGACGAUUGUUAAGUCGUUCCACAUUUCGGGUGUUGCGCUCGACAAGGGAGAGGAAGCCAAGCUGUAUUUGACAGCAGAAAAGCAGAAGUACGUGGUCGCCACAGUCCGCAAAGAUAAUCCACAAGUCCCGCUGGACUUGAACUUUAGCAAGGGCGACCAAAUCAUAUUCCAAACAACAGGCGACGCCACUGUUUCAUUGCUGGGCUACUUGCAUGACAUUGAUUCCGAAGAUGAGGACGACGAGGAGUUUGACUUGAAGACUUUGUUGAAGCAAGGCAAGGGCAAGGCUGGCAAGAACGGCCAGGAGGAGGACGAAGAUGAGGACGAAGACGACGAUGAGGACGUUGAGGACAGUCAGAUUAUCGAAGAGUACGAGUCCUUGCUGGAAAAUGGCGAUGAAGAAGAAGAUGAGGAGGAUGACGACGAGGAUGAUGAUGAGAGUGGGGACGAAGAAGACUCUGACGACUCUGAUGAAGAGGAUGAGCAGCCCAAAGCCAAGGUUGCCAAGAUCGCACCCAAGGCCAAUGAGAAAGCUGGAAAAGAUCAGAACGGAGUGGCCAAGAACCAACAGCAGGAGAAGCAGGCAAAGAAAGAAAAGCCCGAGACCAAGAAGGAACAGCCGAAGCCAAAGGAGCAGGACAAAAAGCCUGCAGGCGGCGAGCGCACCAUCACGGGUGGUGUCAAAAUUGCUGACCUCGCCACCGGAAAGGGCCCCGAGGCUCAGAAGGGAAAACGUGCCACCGUUUACUACAUCGGUCGCCUCCAGAGCAACAACAAGACCUUUGACAGCAUGCUAAAUGGCAAGGGAUUCCGCUUCAGGCUGGGCGGCGGUGAAGUAAUCAAAGGCUGGGACACCGGUGUCAUUGGCAUGAAGGUUGGCGGCAAGCGUCGCAUCACUUGCCCCCCGCACAUGGCCUACGGUGCCCGCGGAGCACCCCCAAAUAUUCCACCCAACUCGACACUGGUCUUCGAUGUGGAGUUGAAGGGAGUGAACUAAAAAUAAACAUCAUAUAGAUUCUGUAAUGUAGCAUUUAAGGUAGUAUUCCACACCGUACAACUUUUGAGCAACAAUUGAUGAAAUGUUAAAAUAAAUAUUCUUUGUUUUCCACGCUGUUCAUAAAUAAAACAGUUCUGUAACAUA